CUGCGAGACGGGUGGGGCUGACGCUCGGAGCUAGUUUGAACCUGCCCUGGGCAUGUUUGGCGGGAAGUUGGCUUAGUUGGACUACCUGUGGCUUCGCGGUUUCCUAGUCUCCGCCUUAUUUCUCCCCAGAGGCUUCUCUAUCCUACCUCCAUGAUCUCGGCAUAGGGUAUAGUACUCCUCACGGAGGACGCAAUGGCUCCCAGGAAACUCCCAGAAACCCAGAAGACCUCCGAGAUUGUGUUACGCCUCAGGAACAAGAGGAACAGAAGUCCCCGGGAGCUGACGCCCGAGGCCAAGAAGCUCUUUGUGAAGGGCUCCGAUUCUAGCAGAAGAUGUGACUCAGACUGCCUUUGGGCGGGAUUGGGUAGCCUGCAGGUCCCACUACCAUGCCACAGCAUUGUCAGGACCCUCCACCAGUAUAAGUUGGGCAGAGCUGCAUGGCCAGCACUACAGCAGGGUCUCCAGCAGUCCUUUUUGCACUCUCUGGACUCCUACCGGAUAUUCCAAAAGGCUGCUCCCUUUGACAGGAGGGCUACAUCCUUGGUGUGGCACCCAACUCACCCCAGCACUGUGGCUGUCGGUUCCAAAGGGGGAGAUAUAUUGCUCUGGAACUUUGGCAUAAAGGACAAACCCACCUUCAUUAAAGGGAUUGGAGCUGGAGGGAGCAUCACGGGGCUGAAGUUUAACCCUCUCAAUACCAACCAGUUUUUCGCCUCCUCAAUGGAGGGAACAACUAGGCUGCAAGACUUUAAAGGCAACACUCUACAAGUUUUUACCAGCUCAGACACCUGCAAUGUCUGGUUUUGUAGCCUGGAUGUGUCUGCUGGAAGCCGAAUGGUGGUCACAGGAGACAAUGUGGGGAACGUGGUCCUGCUGCACAUGGAUGGCAAGGAGCUUUGGAAUCUCAGAAUGCACAAAAAGAAAGUGACCCAUGUGGCCCUGAACCCAUGCUGUGAUUGGUUGCUGGCCACAGCCUCCGUAGAUCAAACAGUGAAAAUCUGGGACCUGCGCCAGGUUAGAGGGAAAGCCAGCUUCCUGCACUCGCUGCCGCACAGGCAUCCUGUCAACGCAGCUUGUUUCAGCCCUGACGGAGCCCGACUCCUGACCACUGACCAGAAGAAUGAGAUCCGGGUUUACUCUGUCUCCCAGUGGGACUGUCCCCUGGGCCUGAUCCCACACCCUCACCGUCACUUCCAGCACCUUACACCCAUCAAGGCAACCUGGCAUCCUCGGUAUAACCUCAUUGUUGUGGGCCGAUACCCAGAUCCUAAUUUCAAAAGUUGUACCCCUUAUGAAUUAAGGACAAUUGAUGUGUUUGAUGGAAACUCAGGGAAGAUGAUGUGCCAGCUCUAUGACCCAGAAUAUUCUGGUAUCAGCUCGCUCAAUGAGUUCAAUCCCAUAGGGGACACACUGGCCUCUGCAAUGGGUUAUCACAUUCUUAUUUGGAGCCAAGAGGAAGCUGGGACACAGAAAUGAGAGACAUUAAAGAAGGUAUGGGCCAAACAAGGGCUUGGCGUCCACAAUGGGAAUACGUCCUACAAGAAGAGAUGGCUAUUUGUUAAAGGUUUAGAAGUACUCAUGUCUUAGGGUUGAAGCACGUGCACU